CGGGCUUAUUUGUUAAAUAACCCAUUAACCCUUACUAAACUGAGCCUAUACGAAAAUCAAGCCCAACCCAUCUCUAAACCCCGAGAUACAGUCCUAAACCCACACUCCCAAACACUCUUCCCUGCAAAUUCACCUGAAAAAAUGAGAACAAAUCAAACCACCAUGACAUUCCUCACCAAUCUCGCACGCGCCGCAGUCGGCAUCGGAGCCACAGCCGCCUUCGCCGACUCUGCCCUCUACACCGUGGACGGCGGUGAACGCGCCGUCCUCUUCGACCGUUUCCGCGGCGUCCUCAACAACACCGUCGGCGAAGGUACACACAUCCUCAUCCCAUGGCUCCAGAAACCCUACAUAUUCGACAUUCGCACCAGACACCACACGUUCUCUUCAAUCUCCGGCACAAAAGACCUCCAAAUGGUUAACCUAACCCUACGCGUCCUCUCUCGCCCAGAAGUUAACCAGUUACCGUCCAUUUUUAAAACCCUAGGCCUUGAGUACGACGAGAAGGUUCUUCCGUCGAUCGGUAACGAAGUUUUGAAAGCUGUUGUUGCACAGUUCAACGCCGAUCAGCUGUUAACGGAUCGCGCACAGGUUUCGGCUCUUGUUCGCGAGAGUUUGAUCCGUAGGGCUAAGGAUUUUAAUAUUGUGCUUGAUGACGUGGCAAUCACGCAUUUAUCAUACGGAGCGGAGUUUUCAAAGGCGGUGGAGGAGAAGCAGGUGGCGCAGCAGGAGGCGGAGAGGUCGCGGUUUGUGGUGGCGAAGGCAGAGCAGGAGCAGCGAGCGGCGGUUAUUAGGGCGGAAGGGGAGAGUGAGUCGGCGAAGAUGAUUUCAGAGGCGACGACUGGGGCGGGGAUGGGGUUGAUAGAGUUGAGGAGGAUUGAGGCUUCUAGGGAGAUAUGUUCUACGUUGGGGAGGAGUGGUAAUGUGACUUAUGUUCCGGGUGGUGGGAGUCAGAUGCUUCUCGGGCUUAAUUCUUCACGUUAAAGUGGUGCGAUGAAUGUAUGUUAGUUGAAUAAAAGUGCAAGUAAGAGUUUGGAUUUCUUGUAGUGGUGUAAGGUUUUGGUUUUGAGUUUAUUGGUUAUUCUUUGGUUGGUAAGGAUCUGGAUAUGGUAAAUAAUAUGGUUUUCGUUGGUUUA